AUGGCGGACCUGUAUGAGCCUGAUCUCGGUGCAGCGUAUUAUCGCUCUAAUGACCCCGUUAAGAAUCUCAAUAUCAGAGUCAAGUUAGAACGGGUGACAUCAUCAAGUAUUGUACCCCAGCAAGCAGAGGAAAAAGAGAAUCAGAAUGUUGAAAUGCAAAACAUUACUGAUGAAGUUCAGAAAGAUGAGGAAGAAAGAGUUUUUCGUUGGCAAGAAAAAGUUUUUUGUUUGAGAGAGAUAGAACUCUACGGUAAUGAUGCCGACUGUGAGGGAGUCAUGGAGAAGAAGUAUCACAAAGAUGUUACAGAAAUUCUGGAGAAAGGAAAGCCAAACAAUCGUCUUUUUUCCUAUGUAGAUCACGACAAAUUCAGCCAAAGUGUUGAGUCGGUACAGUACCUAACUACAUCAGCCAAUGAAAAACCGUCAAUCCUUACAGAAAAAAUGGCCAAUCUACGGAGACGGAAAGUUGGCGGGGGCAAGAAAGAAACGAACAGAAGAAACAACGCCUUCAGGGAUGUUGGUUUUGUACCUAAAAUAAACACUGUGGACUACAAUCCAUCAGAGGAACUUCGCAACAGGAAUCACAUCAUGGCCGCCCCCAUGCAGGUGCACUACAUUAUGGCAGACCUCAGUCGCAGGGAAGAGGGUAGUGGCACACUAGCAGAGGAGGCAGUGUUGUGUAUGAUACAAAUAGAUGCUAAUGGAGUUAUCUCCAUGCGUCCUGACUUCAGUAAAGGCAAGAAGCCAUAUGUGGUGGAGAAUAGUGUCAAGGGAGAUGUUUUUGAAUACACACUAGAACACAGCUCAAAGAGCAUGAAUGCACAAGAUCAAGACAAAGAACAGAAGAUGUACCGUGAGGUUUACAGCCGACACGCAGACUUCUUACAGGCUUGUGUUGGGGAAGAUUUUGAACUGCCACCUCUAGGUGUUCUCAGGUUAUUGGUAUAUGGAGAAAUGGAAUGUGCACGAGACUUCGAGUAUGAUGACUUGUAUCUUCAUUUCCUUGUCGACCUACCGAAACACUGGACAGCUGACCGCUCACAACAGUUGUCCUGGGUAACACAGACAUGUAGGACAAAGGUUGAGGGUCGGGACAAUGUUUCAUACUUCAGUUUUCCGUUCAACUUUGAGUUGUUUUACAAAGACACUUCCAUCCGAGAAGAAGAUAAAGAACCACUGCCUCAUUUCCCAAUCAUCAUGGUGGAAGUUCUGUCCUUGGAUAUGUGGAACAGAUUCCGUACAGAAGGAUACACAUACAUAACCAUCCCUACACAUCCAGGUGCCUAUAAGCAGAAUGCACGUUGUUGGAGGCCCAUUGGCAAAUCAGCAGCUGCAGAAUUGCGUAGAUUUUUUAUUGGAGGCUCUCCCGAGCUCGAGGACAUCACUUAUACAGCCAUUCCAUCUACAUUCCAGGGGUCACACUUAAGUAAAUAUGGAUUCCGGACAGAAUCGACAGGGACAGUCACAACCAAACUAAACGUCAUCUUACAAUCACAAGCUUUCAUGGAAAAGAAAGCCAACAAGAAAACUUUGGGAAAUCUGCUUGACAACUUGGGAAUAAAUGCUGUACAAGCAAAUAUUGCCAACGUUCUUGAUGCCUUUAAGAAAGCACGGAUUCGGAUGAUGCAGGCUCGAGAAAGUGCCAAUAGAGAUCUAUUCCAUGGUGCCACAAAAACCCAAGAACUAACAACUUAAGUGGAAAUUCAACAUAAGCGACAAAAUUAUUCAAAUUUGUCUUUGGAUUCAGGAACUUUUUUCUAAUGGUUGAAACUUUCUCAGCUGUUACAAGCUACAGAAUGACAUUGCUUAAUUUUGUCAUGUCAAGAAAUUGAACCAAGAUUCGAUGCAAUUUCAAUCUGACUAUUGUUUUUCUUCCAUUUUUGUCCUGAGAGGAGCUAGCACAUCUAGUACAUUCAUCUAAAUGUUUCCACAUGAAUGAUGUAGUUUGUACAGAUGAAGUAAGAACAGAAUGUUUUAAGUGAGGUCUCUUGAUCAGUUUAAGAUUUUCAAAUACAUUUGAGGAAUUAAGGAAAUGAUUAUUUUUUCCUGUAUUUGUUUGUAUAUAGUCAUGUUAACCUGUCUAAUCUGACACCCUGUGGUACACAACAUAUUGAUCAGGUUAACCUGUCUUAGCUGACACCUUGUGGUACACAACAUAUUGAUCAGGUUAACCUGUCUUAUCUGACACCCUGUGGUACACAACAUAUUGAUCAUGUUAACCUGUCUAAUCUGACACCCUGUGGUACACAACAUAUUGACCAGGUUAACCUGUCUAAUCUGACACCCUGUGGUACACAACAUAUUGAUCAUGUUAACCUGUCUAAUCUGACACCCUGUGGUACACAACAUAUUGAUCAUGUUAACCUGUCUAAUCUGACACCCUGUGGUACACAACAUAUUGAUCAUGUUAACCUGUCUUAUCUGACACCCUGUGGUACACAACAUAUUGAUCAUGUUAACCUGUCUAAUCUGACACCCUGUGGUACACAACAUAUUGACCAGGUUAAUCUGUCUUAUCUGACACCCUGUGGUACACAACAUAUUGAUCAGGUUAACCUGUCUUAUCUGACACCCUGUGGUACACAACAUAUUGAUCAGGUUUACCUGUCUUAUCUGACACCCUGUGGGACACAACAUAUUGAUCAGGUUAACCUGCCUUAUCUGACACCCUGUGGGACACAACAUAUUGACCAGGUUAAUCUGUCUUAUCUGACACCCUGUGGUACACAACAUAUUGAUCAGGUUAACCUGUCUUAUCUGACACCCUGUGGGACACAACAUAUUGACCAGGUUAACCUGUCUAAUUUGACACCCUGUGGUACACAACAUAUUGAUCAGGUUAACCUGUCUUAUCUGACACCCUGUGGUACACAACAUAUUGAUCAGGUUAACCUGUCUAAUCUGACACCCUGUGGUACACAACAUAUUGAUCAGGUUAACCUGUCUAAUCUGACACCCUGUGGUACACAACAUAUUGAUCAGGUUAACCUGUCUUAUCUGACACCCUGUGGGACACAACAUAUUGAUCAUGUUAACCUGUCUAAUCUGACACCCUGUGGUACACAACAUAUUGACCAGGUUAACCUGUCUAAUCUGACACCCUGUGGUACACAACAUAUUGAUCAUGUUAACCUGUCUAAUCUGACACCCUGUGGUACACAACAUAUUGAUCAUGUUAACCUGUCUAAUCUGACACCCUGUGGUACACAACAUAUUGAUCAUGUUAACCUGUCUUAUCUGACACCCUGUGGUACACAACAUAUUGAUCAUGUUAACCUGUCUAAUCUGACACCCUGUGGUACACAACAUAUUGACCAGGUUAAUCUGUCUUAUCUGACACCCUGUGGUACACAACAUAUUGAUCAGGUUAACCUGUCUUAUCUGACACCCUGUGGUACACAACAUAUUGAUCAGGUUUACCUGUCUUAUCUGACACCCUGUGGGACACAACAUAUUGACCAGGUUAACCUGUCUUAUCUGACACCCUGUGGGACACAACAUAUUGACCAGGUUAAUCUGUCUUAUCUGACACCCUGUGGUACACAACAUAUUGAUCAGGUUAACCUGUCUUAUCUGACACCCUGUGGGACACAACAUAUUGACCAGGUUAACCUGUCUAAUCUGACACCCUGUGGUACACAACAUAUUGAUCAGGUUAACCUGUCUUAUCUGACACCCUGUGGUACACAACAUAUUGAUCAGGUUAAUCUGUCUAAUCUGACACCCUGUGGUACACAACAUAUUGAUCAGGUUAACCUGUCUUAUCUGACACCCUGUGGUACACAACAUAUUGAUUAGGUUAACCUGUCUUAUCUGACACUGUAGAGCAUAGUAUAUUUGUACAAAAGUCAGAAUAUGUAGGUUUGUAUUGGACAGGUCACAUAAAAAAGAGCAGUGUAUGUCUUCUGUCACAGAAUGAUCUGAAGGACUUUCUAAACAAAUAAGUUAUGUUGGCAUCGAGUAUCAAUAAGGUCAAAGAUAGUAGUGUCUAUUCUAAUUACUCCGUCCUUGUAUUUGUAGAUAUUUCAUAGAUACAUGAUGUAUGUAUAUUUUUGUAUAUAAUUUAUAUUAUUGAAUGAAAAUGUAAUAGGUAAAUAAAAAAACUUACGAUA